AUGAUAACCGGUGAGAACGUUUUCUACAUGGUGAUUGGGUGUGUUGGAGCGGUUAUUUUAGUAAUAGCUGUUUUGGUCGUUGUGUACUUCAGAUCAACAAGAAAGCAAUUACCAUCUGCCGUUUUGCCGAACAACAUUCAGCAGCGUUAUCCAUCAAUCACUCGAUCACCAGAUUUUACGGCUCAAACUCGACCGUUGUUCAACUCAGAGGCUUCUGCUUCGAUUCUUGACUUUGAAACGAAAGAGGACGUCAAAUAUUUUCAUAGUCCAGAAAAGAACCUCAAGAAUAGUUUAUAUUCAGCAUCUUCAGCAUCGAAGCAACCCGAUAAUACACAUUCGAUCAUCAACGAACGCUCGCAUUCCGUUGACAUCACAGCCGCGUUGGUGGAACUUUAUGCUGAUAGAAAUUUAUUUCAGAUAUUGCCGAUACAUGAGUUAGAGGGGACGUUUGGCGAGUUGAAAUGGGCUUUGUGGCAUCAGAACGCAAACGACGAGUCGGGUGAUGUGGACGAUGAGGAAGAUAACGCAUCCGCUGAUGAGGCGGUUAUCGUGAAAACACUCAAACCGAACGCUGACAAACGACACUUCUUCAAAUUCCUCGAACAAGCACUUGUGUUUCAUCAUGUUCCACCUUUCACACACCUUGCUCAAGUGGCAGCGGCAGCUUCUUACGGUCGUUUCGAUUGCCCAGAGACAGUGACUGACUUCCCUUUGAUAUGCUAUAAGCAUCAGGGAUUCGGAAAUUUGAAAAGUUUCUUACAACGAUGUCGAUGUGGGAAUGUGGAAGCGAUGAUGCAUAAAACCAAUGAUCAAAGCUGUAUUUUAGGUGGUAAACCGGUUCAAACAUUGCGAACACAUGAGCUCGUCUCGAUGGCCAUUCAGAUCAAUAAAGCAAUGAAUUGUCUGGUGUCUGAGAUAGGUCGUGGAAGUGAUCGUUUGCUGGUACAGCUGUGCGAUACGGCGUUGAGCAAGGAUCUUUUCCCGAGUGACUAUCAUUGCCUUGGUGAUAACGAGAAUCGUCCUGUCAAAUGGAUGGCCUACGAAUCGCUUCAAAAGAACAUAUUCAAUAGUGCCACUGAUGCGUGGUCAUUUGGUGUGACAUUGUGGGAGCUGCUUUCAUGUGCUCAGCAACCGUAUGUGGACGUAGAUCCGGACGAGAUGAUUCUAAUCCUUGAACAAGGACAACGGCUUGUGCAGCCUUAUAAUUGUCCUGAUGAUCUAUACAACGUAAUGUAUUGCUGUUGGCAACUCGACUAUAGGGACCGACCAACUCCUCAGCAGUUGUUAAUCGCAUUACAGGAUUUCACAAUACAACUCAGACAAUUCAUUUGA